CCUCAGUUACCUGGCAACUCGUAAGGGCGGGCGGGGCCCGACACUUCCCCGACCUUCUAGAACCCAGCGAUCACAUGCGUCACGGCUCUGCAGGAUAAUCGAUAACUCGUCAUUCGAGUGAGACAAGUGAGGUGAAGCCGAUCCAAUCCAAGUUGCGAGAAUUGAGCGCUAUAUUGAGCAAGCCUUACAGUAUAUGAGUGCAUGCCACGAGGAUCUCCAGGCGUUUAGUGUCGCUGGAAGCGAGCGCUCGAUCGCCGAGGAUAACUUAUGUCCGCGGAACUUUUAACGCGAGCUACAAGGUGCCGGGUACGACGUGCAUGCGCAGUUUACCACCCGAUUCAAAUGUCGCAUCUGUUCCUGGCGCGUAUGGCUGGCCUUGACGGCUAUCUCGGCGCUUUGGGCACAGUCGUUCUGACAGCAGGAAGCGUAUCAGCCUUGGAAAUGGGAUUGAAGGACCUACACCGACCGACGCUCACUGGAGACAUCAGAGCACUACUAUUAGCCUGCAUGACGCAUUCGCACCCUAGCAUGCGGCAUAUGGCGGUCACAAGGGAUAAUCGACAGUGUGUAUUCAUGCGUUAAAAGCACCGCUCGGAGGUGUGGUAGGCAAGUGAUCAUGGUCCCGUCAUCAAAGACAGUGGAGCUGGAACAUGGCAACAAGGGCGUAAACGGACAUAAAACGAGCGUGGUGGCACACAAGCCCUCUCUUACCCUCUGAUAGAGAAAUCAGAAGCAGCACAGCCGAGUGGAGAGCGGGGGAGCGAAGCUCGAAACUGCUCGAAAGUAGCUCGAAGCGUCGCUGUGGAACAGAGACUUCCGGCCGCGGCGAGGUCCUGAGAUCCAUCAAGUGUUACUGAGAGCCGUUGUCAGGCCAGAUCCCGACCGACUGGCCAUCAAUUUCUUGGCAGAUUGUGUUCUAAGUUCUGAAUAUCGAUCUCGACUU